AUGAAUAACUGUAUGAUAGAAACAGGAUUAGAUAUAAGAAAUUAUUUAUCUGGAGAAGGACGGGACGGUUUAAACUGUGACCGUGUUACUAUGUGGUUUUGGAGAGCGAAGAACAACAAUGCAAAUCAAACUUUGAUAGUAGUAUGGGGAAGGAAAAUGAAGCCAAGAAGGGAUGGUUGA